GACUCAUUGUAUACUCCGGACUUGGUUGAUUCUGUAGCAGGAUGCCGAUUCUGAAGCAGUCCCCCAUCUCCCAGUCAAAGAAGAGGCCCCGCAUCGGCCGGGACAUGAUCAGCGCCCCGCUGGGAGAUUUCCGGCACACCAUGCACGUCGGCCGGGGCGGGGACGUCUUCGGGGACACCUCCUUUCUCAGCAACCACGGGGGCCCCAAGGCCAACGGGCUGCCCCCCGCCACCGAGGCCCUGGCACCAGCCCAGUCCCCCAGCCGCCUCUCGGGGUCCUCUGGCAGCCCGGCUGAUUUGGGGGGAGUCCCGGGCAUCCUGGAUUUGCCCCCCACUUCCUGGGAGGGGGAACUGCAACAGGCCGAGUCCCUGUUCUCCUUCGAGUUGGAUCUGGGGCCAUCUAUUCUGGAUGAGGUGUUGGGGGUCAUGGACAAGGGCGGGGUGCAGCCCCGGAGCGAGGACGUCAGGCCGGAGAGGCCAGUGGGGGGACAGGGGCUGGGCCAUGGGGUGGCUCCCCAGGCAGGGGAGGAGGAAGAGGAGGAAGGCACCGGCCAUGGAUACACAUUUGACGAUGAGCUGGAUGAUGAGAUUGGGCUAUAGGAGAGCGGAUUCAGCUCCCCUCCCAUCCCUCCAUUCCCCCCUAUUCCCUCCACCCCUCCAUCUGUCUGCUACCUUGUCCCUUCAUCCAUGCCCCUCCUGCUUCAGCCACCCCCACUUCCCUUCUGUGUGUUCUCUCUCUUUUCCUCUUUCAUUCUUCCUUACCCU